AUGGAACAGUGCCGCUCUGAGCUGAAGCCCGAGCAUGCGGAAGUCAUCCGCGCUACGCUUCCCCUCGUCGGCGCGAACAUUGAAAAGAUCGCCAAGCUAUUCUAUGCGACAAUGUUCAAGGCCCAUCCUGAGCUCAUUAAUAACUUAUUCAACCGCGGUAACCAGCAGCAGGGCGCUCAACAAAAGGCAUUGGCCGCAUCAGUCGCGACUUUUGCGUCGCUGCUGGUCAACCCUGACGCUCCGUCGCCGGUGCAGCUCCUCUCUCGUAUUGGCCACAAGCACGUGUCGCUGGGCGUCACGGAAGACCAAUAUCAAAUUGUGCACGACAACCUCUUUGGGGCUAUUGUCGAGGUGCUUGGCGCGGAUGUCGUGACGCAGCCGGUCGCCGAAGCAUGGGACGACGUGUUUUGGAUUAUGGCACGGACGCUCAUCAACAUGGAGAAGGACCUCUACUCAGGCGCUGGUGUGGCUCCUGGUAAGGUGUUUGUGUCCACGCGCAUUGUCGACCGCGACGAGCGCGUUGGAGGCAUCGUUCGUUUCAGCGUCGAGAGCAAAGAUGCUGCCAAGCCCCUGCCUGCGCAUCAGCCGGGGCAGUACGUCUCUGUCCGCGCCGACCUGCCAGAUGGAGCGCACCAGCUACGUCAGUACAGUCUGAUUGACUCUGGUGUAAAGGGCAGUCAACUGUGCUUUGCAGUCAAGGCACUGACCGAGACGCCGGAUGCGCCCGCCGGUGAGGUGUCGAACUGGCUCGUGCAGAAUGCCAAAGUCGGCGAUGACUUGGAGAUCUCGCUUCCGUUUGGCGACCUCGUUCUGAACGAGGAGGCUCAGACCCCUGUUGUGCUGAUUUCUGCCGGCAUUGGUGUCACUCCUAUGCUCGACAAGAGUGCAUCGACGGAUGCGUUCUACGAAGAGCGCAAGCGUCUUGUUUCGCAGCUUGCCCAGGGUUCCGUCGACACCUGGUACACUGAUGGCGAUGCACAGACCGAGGUGAACCAGGGCCGCUUCGAUCUAAGCUCACAGUCGGUCCCUGCGGACGCCGAAUACUAUCUUUGCGGUGCGAACGAGUUCCUGCAGUCGUUGCGUACCACGUUGAACGCAUGGGAUGUGCCCAAGGACAGGGUGCAUUUUGAACUCUUUACUCCGAACGACUGGCUUUUGGACGCAUAA